AUGAGUGAUGAUUCAGAAAGAGUCAGCGUUCACGGCCGAGUCUUCCAAAGGAUUUCCCUUGACGAGAAGAUCUACUUCGCACCUGUAGCCAUCGACGAUCGCGAAGAGAGCAGACUGACCGCUCAACAUCGCCUUGUAGCCAGAAUCUUCGGCGACAGUUUGUUCUCCUCUAAGGUGUCAGUGGAAAACCCCUCUGCAAUCUUGGAGUGCGGUUACGGUAAUGGGGAAUGGGCUGUCCAAUGCGCUGAAGACUUUGAGGAUUGCGAGGUAACUGCCGUCGAUAUAUUCCCUAUGGAUCUCCCAGAUCAACCCGAAAACUUAGAUCUGAUCUGCCAUAAUCUCAACGACCCUCUUCGCGACCCCGAACUAUUCCAAGCGAACCAUUACGACCUCAUACACUCACGAUUCGUGUUCCCAGGUAUAAAGACCGAGAGAUGGGCCCGGUAUAUCAGAGAUAUGAAAUUGCUGCUGAAGCCGGCAGGUUGGGUUCAGAUGAUGGAAUUCCUGCCCAUUAUUCAAUCCCAUAACGGAAGUCUUACGGAGCAGUCUGCCGUGCGAAGAUGGUGGCAGUCAUAUCAGGGCGCUAUGGCAAGCAUGGAUCGUGACCCAAGGAUAGGCCGUCGGUUGAAGCAGCUGUUGCUCGACAAUAGAUACCGAGAUGUUGACGUCGAAGUGGUGCAGACCCGUACCCUAUUCCCCAACAGUGCUGAGAAGGCACGUAUAGAUCCCGCUCAAGCCAGCCUCGGCGGAGACUCUGUCGCGAUGAUUGGUGACCUGCUCGAAUCUCUUGGGCUAUGGCCGUUCACAUCGACUCUUGGUCGUACAGCCGCAGAAUUUGACUCUCUGAUGGAAGAAGUCCGCACAGAGCUCCAGGACGUGAGCCUGAAGCUAUAUAUCGAGAUGUAA